UCAAAAUCACGCGGGUUUGUUUGAUAACAAAACAAAAUGAAUGUAUUGCCAAAAUAACAAACGUGUUGCUACUCCGGUUCAGAAACAGGUUUCAGGAUCAUGGACGAGAUUAAGCCAAAAACUAAUAUCCGUGCGCUGUUUGAUGACGCACGACGAAACAACUCAUAUUUGAAAAUAUGCGCGCCGAUGGUAAGAUAUAGCAAAUUGGAAUUUCGUAAUCUGGUGCGCUCCUACGGAACUGAUCUCACUUUCACCAGUAUGAUAAUGGCUGACUCUUUCUGCCAAAGUCAGAAGGCGAGACUCAAUGAGUUCUCAACUAAUAACGAUGACACCCCCGUGAUCGUGCAAUUCGCGGCGAACAAUUCUGUAGAUUUUCUUUCGGCAACCGAAAUGGCGUAUCCAUAUGUUGAUGGAGUAGACCUAAACUGUGGAUGUCCUCAGCGCUGGGCGAUGUCCGAUGGAUACGGAAGUGCUUUACUUAAAACGCCCGAGUUGAUCGCUGAUAUGCUGGCCACGGCCCGGAGAAAUCUACCAAAUUCAUUCAGCGUUUCGGUGAAGGUACGGCUGUUACAAAAAUCAUGGGAAUCUACAAUUGAUAUGUGUCGUCAAUUAGAAGCUUGUGGGAUAACAUUUCUAACGGUACACGGGAGGACACCCACUGAGAAGACUAACGUACCUGUGAAUAAGGAUGCGCUGAGGGAGAUCAAGAACAGUUUGUCCAUUCCUGUGGUAGCAAACGGUGAUAUAUUUAGCCUCGAGGAUGCUGAUGCGAUGCAUGAAGUUACUAAAUGUGAUGGGGUGAUGACCGCACGUGGUAUACUCUCCAACCCGGCGCUGUUCGCGGGCUACAAACAAACACCCCUCGAGUGCAUCCAAAAAUGGCUCAACAUCACCGCAGAAGCGGGCGCUGAUAUUACGUUUCAGGCCAUGCACCAUCAUCUCACCUUUAUGGCGGAGACGCUUCUCACCAAAAGCCAACGUAUCAUCUUCAACAACCUAACCAAAGACAAGCAGAAGGUGUUGGAUUUUUUCGCAGAACACUUUAACCUGCAUCCAGAGCCUUGCAAUCGGCCUAGAAGGACGGUUUGUGCCUUCGACGAUGGAAUGUACCGACGGAGGAAGCGUUUGACUGUGAAUGCGCCCAGCGAAGGUGAUAGUUACUCCUCCGAGAACACAGAUGGCACCUUUUUCCAAAGCGUGGUUGGUAGCUUGGCUAAUGAAGAUGGCGUGGAAGAUGCGGAUUUUAUGGAAGCUGGUUUAUUCGGUGACAAUGAAAUAUAGAUCGGACCAAUAUGAAUAGAAGUAUAAAUCAAGAAAGUUGAUUCUAAUUUAAC